CUCGCAAGUUUUAACCCAAAACAGCCGAUACUAGGGUUUUAGAGUCCGGAGGUUUUGACAUUAGAAAGAGAGAGCAGACUCUCUCCCUCGAUCUCCCCUAAACCACUCUCAACUCUUGCUUCGUCUUCUUCUUCUUCUUCUUCAUAGUCGAAGCUUUCAACAAUGGCGGGCCUCGUUCCUCCUCCACCCACUGCUGCUCCUGAUACUCCCAAACAGAAUGAGAGAGUCGAUUACCUCAAUCUCCCUUGCCCUAUUCCCUACGACGAGAUCUCCCGCGAAGCUUACAUGUCUUUAAAGCCAGAGCUUUUCGAGGGGAUGCGAAUCGACUUUACCAAAGGUCUCAAUCAGAAGUUCUCACUCAGUCACAGUGUGACCAUGGGACCUACAGAGGUUCCUUCCCAGUCUACUGAAACUAUUAAAAUUCCCACUGCUCAGUAUGAGUUUGGUGCCAAUUUUUUGGACCCAAAGCUGAUGCUUGUCGGGAGAGUAUUGACUGAUGGGAGGCUCAAUGCGAGAGUAAAGUGUGAUUUAACCGAGAAUCUUUCUUUGAAGGCUAAUUCUCAGCUUACCAACGAGCCACACAUGUCACAUGGCAUGGCCAGUUUUGAUUACAAGGGUAAGGAUUUCCGGUCACAGUUUCAACUAGGGAAUGGUGCAUUGUUUGGUGCAAACUAUAUUCAGAGUGUAACCCCCAAUCUGUCCGUGGGUGGUGAAGUGUUUUGGGCUGGUCAGCAUCGGAAGUCUGGUAUUGGCUAUGCUGCUCGAUACAAUACAGACAAGAUGGUUGCCACAGGGCAGGUUGCUAGUACUGGAGUUGUUGCUAUGAGCUAUGUUCAGAAGGUGUCUGAUAAGGUUUCUCUAGCAUCAGAUUUCAUGUACAACUACUUAUCAAGAGACGUGACAGCUAGCUUCGGUUAUGAUUACAUUCUGCGACAGUGUCGUCUUAGAGGAAAGAUUGAUUCCAAUGGUGUAGCUGCUGCCUUUUUGGAAGAGCGACUAAAUAUGGGUCUUAAUUUUAUUCUUUCUGCAGAGAUUGAUCAUAGAAAGAAAGACUACAAAUUUGGGUUUGGAUUGACUGUUGGAGAGUAAGUGAAUUUGGAGGACCAACGCUGUUUCGUCAUUCUUGCCGGCAAGAUAAUAUCUAUUAAUUUUUGCUUCCGAGUUAAACUAUUGUCACAGGCUUCCAUCAUUUAAGCCAGUUUUAGCAGAUGUCAUUUAUUUGGAGUUCUUUUUUUUUUUUUUUUUUCAAAUACAGUUGUAGAAUGGCAUUUCAAAUAAUGCAAAUUGAGGCUUUAGCUACAGUAGUGACUGUAAUUGCUGACUCUUUAUCUUGUUGGUAUGUUGUUAUAUAUCUACAUUCAACUUGAAUUGUUCCAACAUAUACAUAUGUAAGGGGGACGUAUAAUAUUAGCAUCAUUUUCUAUUCCCUCUA